AUCACUGUUGCCGGAAAUACAUCCGCGGAGGAUCCCCGGAAAAAUGUAGAGAAAUUAGAAACCUAUACGAUAUUUGAAUUAAAUCUAGAUUAUCUAAAAACAUUUAUCUUGUUAUUUGCGACAUUUUGAAAUGUUCAAGACUUUUGGUUUGAAUUCGUUGCUGACAGAUACAAAUAAUUUAAGAAAAAGGUGACAGUAGCAGUCACGUGAUCUUACGACCCGGAAGAGAAACAUUGUUCCUGCUCUUCCUUCAAAAAGUGAGUUAUCGUAUACUGUAGGAAAGAAUAGGGGGAAACUAACUAUUGUAUAGUGUUUUGAGAGUCUGGAGACCUUCGUUCAGGUAGGAACCCCCUGGGUUCCAGCAGCAGAGUCACAGGAAGCUGCGUCAUAUCAUGCUAACUGCUGAGAUGGAGACUGGAGAGAAGAGAUGAGCCUGUGUGUUCUGGAUGAGGACAAGUUCCACCUGUGCUGUCAGCUCCUCCUGCAGCUGUCGGAGCAGCUGGGGGACGGCUGGAGCUGGGAGGGGGGGCAGGAGGGCUACCUGAGGAAGACUGCUCUCAGGUCAGUGGUAAUCGACUCCAGCUCAGUGUGGGACUAUGAAGGAGAAGGGGCAGACACUUCCUGUCCCUCACGUUCUGAGCAGCAGGAAGGGGAACAGGAACAGGCUGCUGUUGAUGCCUCAGCUGAUACUGACAGCAUCAAAGGUGACAUGGAGGAUGAAGAUGAAGAUGACGGCGUGUGUGUGGCGUCUGCAGGCAGUAGCCAGCUGCUUCAGUACGAGUAUCACAUCCUGCACUCCUGCAGCUACAGCACACCGGUGCUCUACUAUAGAGCCUGCACUCAGGAGGGGCGGAGCCUGUCGUUAGAGGAGGUGUGGAGCUCCGUCCAUCCAAACUACAGGCUGCGACUCCAGAACAGUCCUCUGAACACCAUCACUCUGCAGGCGCCCCCUCUGCUGGGUCAGCCUUUCUUCAUGCUUCACCCCUGCAGGACGGAGGAGUUCAUGCGUCCGGUGCUGCAGGCGGCUCAGGACCAACACAGGCCGGUGAACUACGUGUUGUCGUGGCUCAGUGUGGUGGGUCCUGUGGUGGGGCUGGACGUCCCUCUGAAGUACUCCACCCUGCUGCACCCUGCGGCCCCCCCCGGCAGCACAGAGCCAGGCUGACUCCGCCCCCUGUGUCUGUCAGCAUCACUGUGGAGCCCCCCUGUACGGAGGCUGCAUCACUAAUCAGACCCUCAGAGGCUGAAGGUGGACUGUGUGCCAGAGUCCUGCACGGGUCUGAUUGUCAAGAUCCCCAAACCGACCCGAACCCGCAUCUCCUAUGAGCAUUAAAAAUGUGCAAUUAUUAACACACGCAGUUGCAUAUUUGG